CGGCGCACGAGUAGUUCACUUCUGUUCGGUGUGGUGUUGCGGUGAUUUUGAGGGGCUAGCUAAAGAGAGCAACAGAGGGAGAGAGAGAAAGAGAAGAGAUAGAUAGAUAGAUAGAGAGAGAGAGAGAGAGAGAGAGAGAGAGUAAGGGCUCGCGCACACACGCUCGUCGGAGGGUGGCGAGAAAAGAGCCCCUCGUUUUUCCUUUGAGAGAGACGAUCGCGGCUCCGGAGAGCAAGCACGUAUAUAAGUAAUAACGUUAAUCCUACGGUAAAUUCGCGUCGGUGCGAAGUAACUAACUAAUCGUCGAUCGUGCGUCGAGAGAGAGGACCACGUCGUCGCAUCGUCGAGCCGUCAAGGUCGUCCGCCGUCGACGACCGUGCUGGAUAGGGUACGGAAGAAGAGUGCCGACAUGUCGGCGUUGAGCGCCGCGCUUUGUAGACGCGGGAUAAUCCUUUGGCUGGCCGCCGUCCUACUGCUGGCGUCACGAUCCACACAUUCUGCGCCGGUGUAUGAUCAGGAUAGCACACAGGUUGCAGAGUACGAUGGAGCUGCUGGAUGUUACUUCAACUUUCAACGUUAUCAAGAAGGGGAUAGGAUCGUUACGAGUGAACCGUGUCUAAAUUGCACGUGCCACAAUCGAAUGUUAAUGUGUUACCUGAAGGUAUGUCCAUUCACGAAAGCAAUCGGUCAGGAUUGCACGGUAGAGAAGCGUCCGGAUCAAUGCUGCCCCGUGAUCACUUGUUUGGAAGUACCCGUCCAACUCUUAACAUCGACAACGAGUGCACCGGCGGAUUCUACAGCAGUUGGUUUUCAUGAUAAUUAUGGUUGUCACGUUGACGAGAAAUUUUAUCCAGACGGCGCCAUGCUGCCGGUGGAGCAUCACAAUCCUUGCGAGCUUUGCUACUGCAUUCGAAACAGAACCACAUGCGUCAUGCAAGAAUGUACUCUACAAGUGGCAGGAUGUAAACCGGUCUACCAACCGGGCGUGUGUUGUCCGAUCAAAUACAAUUGCGAAUAUGACGAGGAACUUAGCACCACGGUUGGUCCAACUCCUGGGCUCAUUACCACAACUCCACCUCCCGGCGCGUCAUCUCAAUGUUAUCACGAAGAUAAAGUCUACGAAGAUGGCGAUCUGAUUUAUUCAGAUCAGCCUUGCGAGCAUUGUUACUGUUUCCGAGGUGAAAUUGCUUGCGCGGUACAAAAUUGCGGAACACCAAUGCAAGCACACGGAAAAAAUUGCACGGCCUUACCACCACCAGAAGGAGAAUGUUGUCCGACCACAUACGAGUGCGAAAAAGAACAAGAAAUCACGUUACCAGAAGAAGCUGAAGAACAACUUCCGGGGCAAGUACCACACGAACUAUUGACGACAGAGUCUCCUAUGCUAAUCGAUGAAGAGGAUCAGCAAGUAAAGAAACAUCCUGAGGAGGAAACUUUCCCAGGCGCCGAAAAUGUUAUAUCGCACGAAGGAGAAGAAGAAGAGAAUAUUCAAGGAACUAUUGAACAUGUUACUCAGGAACACAUUUCUUCUACCGAGAAAUUUGAAGAACAACCCGCAACAUCACCAACAGAAGAGAAGGCUGUAUCUGAGACGGAAACUAUCGCUAUUGAAAAGGAGUCCAGUCCUUCUCCCACUGAGAUGAUAUCGGAAGAGGCAAUAACUACGAAAGUGCCCUCUGAUGCAGAAGCAACGAAGAUGGAAGCGCCUACGACAGUACAAAAAAUUGAAGAAAGUAUAACUACCGAAGCACCUGCCGUUGAAUUACCGGAAGCUUCGUCUAUUUCGGAAGGCUUAGGAUCGGAAGAGGAAACGGUAACUACAGAACAUAUACCUGAAGAACACGUAAGCACAGAAGAGAGUGUCGUUGAAAAAGAACAAUCGAUUGAACCUGCCAUUAGCGAAGAAACGCAGACCGAAAGUGUAAAACCAGAGGAGACUACUAGUCCACACAAGGAACUUCCAGCAGAGGUGACUGAGGCAGAAAAAACAACGGAAAAAGGACAAGUUAGCGUGACGGAAGCGCCAGAAAGACCAGAAAUUUCGACCGAAAUUGUUGAGAAAGUAACAUUACCGGUUGUAGAAGUUGAACAGCCUGAUAUAAGUACUGUUCCUGAAUCUAUCACCGAGAAAACGAAGGAAAGUGAAGAUGAAGUAGAGACUACAUCAAGUGAAAUUUUGGCGACUGAGACGGAAGCACCGAAAGUAAUUACAAGUAUACCCCAUGAGGAGUCCAGUACUGAAGAAAUUACUACUGAAAAAGAAAUAUCUCAUCUAACAGAAAUCGCUGUUACGGAAGAAAUUCAAUCGACUGAAGUGAGUUUGCCUACAAAACAUCCUGCAGAAAAAGAACAAAAACCAAUGGUAAGCGAGGGUGAAGAGGAACAUUGGCCAGAAGAGCCAACGUCCGAACAUGCAAUAAUCGAAAAAGAGCAAGCCACUGUUGGCGCUAAAAAAGAAGAUUCUGGUCUGACUGAAGGUCCAACAAUGGGCGAAGAACAUAUCACUACAGAGGGGCAACAGGUAGAGGAAUCAACUCCGGAAAUUCCAGCUCAAGGUCCAAGCAGCAUACCAAUUCCUGAGCGAAGUCCGGAACAAAAAGCGGAAGAUAAGAACGUGUAUCAUGUGACAGAGGAUUCUCACGAUAUUACACAUCCAGAAAUCAUUAGUCCCGACAAUCUCAUAACUGAACAUCCGCAGGAAGUUCCUACAACAUAUAUUCCGCAGGAACAAGAAACUACGUUAGCCUUGUCAGAAGAAACUUCGAAACCGAGUGCGGAAGAAACUGAAGUAGCAGAAGAAGAAAGUCCAAAACAAUAUCCGAAAGAAGUUACAGAAAUAAAUCUACCAAGCCAGCAUAAACCAGACAUCACUACAAGUUCCAAAGAAACAAAAGCGGAAAGUACUUCAGCUGUUACCGAAAUUCAAACUAGCACGGAACCUUCUGUAACUACUCACAUACCAGAAGAAAAAGCAUCUGAGGAAACCGAGAAACCUAGUGUGCUGAAAGAGAUCGAAACAGAAAUUCAGUCAACAGAAGAAACUUUCACGGAAGAAUUGCCUACAAAGGAACUUGGUAUCGAAGAAUCUGGUUCUUUUGAACAAAUCAGUGGCGAAAAAGAAGUUCAACCAAAGAAAGAACAAUCAAAUGAAGAGGAAAUAGAAACACAACCUCCGAUUAUAACGGAACCAGAAAUUUCUACCUCUAUCCCAGUUGAGAACGAAUAUUCAAUGCCUCCAGAAAUUUCUACCUCUAUCCCAGUCGAACACGAACAUUCAGUGCCUCCAAGUCUCGAAGAUGAACAAACAACAAAAGGUGAACAUAUUACCAUAAUUCCCGAACAAUCGACCGUGCCACAAAUCGGAGAGGUAGAAACUGAAAUUACUCUUGCUGAAAAGGAAAAGUCAAUCGAGGAACAUGUUACAGAACAACCUGCUAUUUUACCAGAUAUAACCGAAGAAGAAAAUGAAACACAAACCGAAAAAUCUAUCUCGAAAGAGGUAGAAACUACGGUAGCAAUAAAGAUGACAGAAGAAGCCGAAGAGAAGCCUACGACACAAACAUCCGUUGAAAAAGAAAAAACUGAGCAACCUGAGCAAUAUUCAACGGACAAGAUUUCAGAAGAAGCUGCUACUAUAGAAAGCCAUGGUGUGCAACAAACCGAGGCACCUGUGAUUGAGAAAAAGCCUGAGGCAGUAGAAGGUACGGAAGGCGUGUCAACGGAAAAUAUAGAACUCCAAACUGAAGUAAUAAUAACAGAAAAAGAACCAAGUGAAGAAGAGAAACCAUCUGAAGAAACUAUAAGAGUGACACCAACAGAAGUUACAACAGAAACUAUCGAACAGACGGAAUUACCACACCCCAUCGAAACAAGUGAAGCAGAGAAAGAAAGUGAAGAAAAAAUUUCUGUGUCUACGGAGGAAGUGCAAACAGAAAUUCCUGUAGUUGAAAUUAAAUCUACAGAAUCACCGGCCGUGGAGGAAACAGAGAAAAUACAGACUGAACCUUCCGUUACCGAAGAAUAUAUACCAAGCCAACCUUCGAUUCCUUCGGACCGCAAGGAGGAUCAAGAAUCUGUUGAACUAAAACCAAGCGAGGAAAAGCUGGAAGGCGAAGAACAAAUAACUCAGGAACCAUCUCUCGAAGAGAAGAAAGAAACUGAAACAUAUGAAGAACCACAGAAAACGACAAUUCCUUCUGAAGAAGCUGUUACCGAAUCUGUUUUGCCGGAAGAAAAACUGACUAAGGUUACUGACACAACGACACUUGUUGAAACAGGUGAAGCCGUUACGCAACCAGCUGUGCAAGAACAGCCAGAAGUAGCGAGCGAACAACCAGAAAAUGUUACAACAGAAAUAUCAAAACAAGAAGAACAGACUCAGGGACCAAUCACCGAAGAACAGCCUGAAAUACAUGUAAGAAAAGAGACUGAAGCACCCAUUUCUGUAAUUCAUGAGGGCACUUCUGUUACUCCUACCAGCGCAGGCGAAGAAGAUGUCAGUAAGUCAAUCGAAACUGCAAGUGAAGAUAGUACGACUCUUGGAUUUAUUGAAAAAUCGACAAAGUAUGAAGGUGAAGUUCCGAUCGAAACAGAAAAUAUACCUUCUACAGAACCUGUAUUUUCAGAAUCAGAAACUGUGUCUUCAGAAGAGAUACAACCGGAAAUUGUACCUUCUACAGAAUCUGCAUCUUCAGUAUCAGAAUCUAUAUCUAUGGAAGAAAGACAACCGGAAAUUAUACCUUCUACAGAAUCUUCAAAAUCAGAAUCCGUGUCUUCAGAAGAAAGUCAACCGGAGACACAUGAGCAGACCACACAAUCAUUGAUAACGGAAGAAGAAUCAAGUCAAAAAGGAGGUGAAGAGUUCACUGAAAUAUCCACGAAAGAAAGUGCAAUUCUAGAAACGCCUAAAGUACCUGUGCUUACCGAGGUGCAACCACAGAAACCUGAAGAGAAAGAAGUUGUAAGCACAGAGCCGCCGAUUCACGAAAAACAAGAGGAAUCUACGACAGUUGCUUUAAAAGAAACUCCUGAGAUACAAAUUACUACUGAAGUACCAUUGGAAAAAAUACCUCAAUAUUCAACUGAAACGAGUAUUUCUGAAGAAACUCCUAUAGAGAAAGAAAGUACAUCAGAGAGUGCAUCUCGUCCAUCAGGUAUUCCAGGAGAAGGUAACUGCCUUAUCGAAGGACAAUCCUACAGCAAUAAUUCGGCUGUUCCGCCAGCAAACGCAUGUCAGACGAGUUGUCGUUGUAUUAGCAGUAUCGUUCAAUGUGAACUCGUGCAAUGUCCUGCCCCGCCGGCUCAUUUAUCAAACUGCAUGCCGGUUUAUACGAGCGGAGAGUCGUGUUGUCCAAUGUAUGCAUGUGAUUCGACACCGACUGCCGAAUUGGAAUCUGACAGUCAUGUAAUCGAGCCACAUAUUCCGGAGGUAGAGGAAGAUCAAAAAACGUCUUUGCCAGCAGAGAUAUCAACAGAACAACCAGCCAUAGAGGUUACUGAAGCAGCGAAAGAAUAUAGUACAUUAGCUGGUGAAACCAGUAUGCCGGAGACACAUCCUGCGGAAGUUACUAUUCCCUCUGUUUCUCCGUCGGAAGAAGAGCUAGAAUUGAUAACUGAGAAACAGCAGACUACUCUAAAAUCUGUCGAACCAGUUUACGAACAGCCAACUACAAUUGCGCAAUCUAUUGAGCAGCAGCCUGAGGAACAUACUAUUAGUUCUGUGCCUGAGAUAGCACAGGAGUCUGCCAGUCAAGUAUCCGAAGAAGAACAUUAUACUAUGUUACCAGGAGAAAUUACCGAAGGCAAAAUUAGUGAAAAAGAAGAAAGUGUAACAGAAUCGGCAAUUUCGACUCAGCAACCACAGGAAGAGACUGUCGAAGAACAAACUCCUGUUAGUGGCGAGGAGCAACAAGUAAUCACUUCCACACAUAUAUCUGCAGAAGAUAAAAUUCAUGGUGAAGAAGAAGAAAUUACGAUUCCGACUGUAACAGAAGAGAAAAAGAUUUCUGUCCCUGUUGAAGUAGAAGAAAUUUCAACAUCUACUGAGAAAGAAGAAGAAAUUACAACCAUUGGAGUUGGAAAAGAAGAAGAGAUUACGACUAUCAAAGAAAAAUCCUCUGAGGAAGAAAGUGUCAAGGAACAAUCUACGCUCAAGUCAAUUGAAGAAGGUGAUAAAGAGCAGUCUGAAGAAGAAAAAAUACCAACUUCCGAAAAAUCAAUUAUUGACGAAGAGGAGCCAUCAACGAAACCGGAAGUUUCAGAAGAACAAAAGACUGUUGAACCAACUGAAUAUGAGAGUACAUCUAUUCCUGAAAUUCAGUUCACAACGGAGCAUAAAUUCGAAAGUGAAACUGGAUACGAAAAGGAAAAAGAACAUGAAAUAGCUACGUCGACUGAAAGUGAACAAGUUACUCAGUCUGAGGAACCAGAAAGUCAAACAAAAUUACCUGAUAUUGUAGAAACACACGAACCAAUCGCACCUGUUGCUGAAUCGACGACUUUGAUACACGAUCAUACGAUGAACGAGGAAGUCUCAUUAGAAGAACAUGCAACUAUAAAAUCUAUAGAAGUUUCUACGGAAGAAAGUAAAGAAGAAAUAAAACCGGAAUUUUUAACUAAAGUUCCUGAAAUAGAACAUGUUACGCUCCCUAUCGCGUCUGUUGAAACAGAGAUAACAACUGAACAGGAAUUAGAAAAAUCUAACGAAGAAACCGCUAAACCAGUAGAGGAAUUUACUACUGAAAUUUCUCAUGAAGAAACAUUGCCGGAAACAACGGAAAGCACAACAGGAAAAGAAUCUAUAGAACAUGCUGAAGAACAUACGGAACCAUCGGAAAAAGAAAAAGAAUCAUCUGUCACAAUAUUGCCUGAAGAAAAACCAUCUGUAACUGAAUCUCCGAUUAGUACAGAACAACCUAUUAGAGUUGAAACUUCCAAAGAAGAAGCGGAACAUGAAAAGCCUACUGAACCUAGUAUUGUUCAUGAACCCGAAAGUACACAAAUUUCGACUGAACAACACCCAGAAGCCGAAAUUGAAUCUCAUACAUCUGAAUUACCUGUUGAAGAACAUACGAUAACCGAGGAAAUAUCAACAACGUCUAUAUCUACAGAAAAAGAAGCCAGCGAGCAACCCGUUACAUCGAUAAAGGAAAUUCAGACAAGUUUAGACGAAGUAGGAACUAAGCAGCCUAUUGUUCCCGAAACGGAAUCCGAAACACCAACUGUAGAAGAAGAACACAUCACUAUUCCCAUCGAAGAGCACACUACGAAAUCUGAAGAGCAUCUUGUCGAAGAACAAACUGUUAUUAGUGAAGGAGAAGCAACAGAAAGCGGCAUUUCAACAGCAGAAAUCACGGAAAGCGUAACGAGCCAAGAAGAGCAAAUAGGAACUGAAAAGACUAUAGAAAGUGCCAAACCAGAAACGGAAUUGCCCAGUUUAACGGAACAUACUAUUAUUCCCGAAAUUUACAAAGAAAAAGAGGAGCAGAAACCUGAAGUCGGAAUAACGAAAGAAACGGAUAAAGAAGAAUCGGUCACAGAAAAAGCUAUUAAAGAGGAAACUGCAACAUCUGCUGAUCUUACAGAGAAGUAUCCUGCCAUAGAAGAACACACCGAGCAAGAAGUUGAAAUAAAAACUCAUGCACCAAUGGAACUCGAAACAACAAUUGCUCCGAAAGAGCAGAAACCUGAGAAGGAAACUACAAGCGAACCAGAGCGUCCAUUGAGCGAAGAAGCGACGACUAGACCAAGCUUGAUACCUGAAGAACAUUCAAUAUCGGCGGAGGCAGACGAAAAAGAAAAAGACACUCAUAAACCUGAAUAUCAGACAACGGUGUCUAUCACAGAAGAAGAAACAUCGAAACCAGUGACCGAGACCAGUGAUGUGGAAAAACUUUCAACCGAAGAAGAAUCUGCUACAACUGAAAGUGCAACCGAGAAACCGGAGGAAUCCAUUACAAAAGUUUCUGUCGAAAUAAGCACAACCGAAAAGUUUGCGGAAGUUCCAUCUGAAACAGAAAAACCAGCUGUACCAGAACAGGAAACAGAAUUGCCCGAACAACAACAAGGUGAAACUACCACGAAAUCAAUUGAAGAUGCUGUAACCGAGGAGAAAUUACCAGAGGAAAUAAUUCCAGUGGAAGUAAUUCCAGAAACUGAAGAAAAACCAAGCGAAAUUUCUACAGUAAGUGACGAGGAAGCACAUUCUACUGAAUCGAGUCUUCCAAUCGAAACGACUUCUAUUCACGAGGAAGAACAGCCAUCAAUAUCGAAACUACAGCCGACUGAAAGACCUCUUCCUCCUGAAGAGGAAACUCUUGUAACUGAAGAGAUUCAGCCUAGCAAACCUGAAGAAGGUGAAGUGCAACCAGGUAUAUCUGAGGAACCUCAACCUACUACAGAACAUGCGCUUGAAACAUCUGUCCCGAUAAAAACAGAAGAGCAACCGGAAACCAAUCGACCAGAAGUCUCUUUGGAAGCUGCCGUGCCAACUGAAGAACCAACCACAGUAUCUGGCGUGCUAACCGAAUUGCCUGAAGAGAAAACUACUAUCGGAUCAAUAUCAUCAGAAGAAACUGAAACCCAAGGCCCGAUAAGACCUGAAGAAGGAGCGCAAUCUGCGGAAACGCCGAUUGAACACGUCACAAAGACGCAGCCGGUGUCGACGGAAUUACCAAUCGGAGAAAGUACAGAGGAAAUUUCCGAUGAAGAAAUCGUUCAUUCUCAAGAGAUUGAAGAAGUUAGUCAUCCUCACUUUGAUCAUUUCCCGGAGGCUACUGUGAAGCCAGAGACUGACUAUUCCGCGGAGGGUGGAUUGACGUUAGGAUCCGACGAGGAACAUUUGCGACCGGUUAAUCAUACUGUAGAAUCGGAACGACCGUAUCACGAACACCGACCGGCGACUACUUUGGCACCUCAUAUUCCGGAGUAUUCCGAUCAAUCAGGAGAGGAUUAUCCUCACUUCCCCCCGCAAAGUGGCAGUUUGAAUCCCGACGAGGAUUACGAUGAAGACGAACAGAUCUACGGACCGGGCACCUGCCGAUACGGAGGCAAGGUCUACGUCUCGGCGCAACAGAUACCCAGAGACGAUCCGUGCGACUUCUGCUUUUGCUUUAGGAGUGAUAUCAUCUGUUUGCAACAGAGCUGCCCACCGCCUAUUCCGGGCUGUCAUGAGGAACCAAUCAGCGGUUUCUGCUGUCCUAGAUACGAGUGUCCCGUGUCAAUGGCCAUGUCUCUUAACUUGACUACCACCACCACCACGACUACGACCACGUUACCGCCACAUUUUCACGCUCACGCUUAUAAGGGAGCUGCGAAACGAAGUGGCUGUCAGAUCCGAGGUCAGGCGUAUCGAGUAGGAGAAGUCAUUAAAUCGACGUCUGGACCUUGCCUUCAUUGCACCUGUGGAGGUGAUGGCAACAUGAAAUGCGAACCGCGAAUGUGCAGUCCGGAACCGAUGCUGAGGCAAAUGAUCGCCACGGCUGCAGCCAAGAGAAGAAGAUGAGCCGCCGAGGUGAAUCAUCUUUACAAAGAAUCAUACACGAGAACGACGAAGUUGACAGGAUUCAGUGUUGUAUAAAAGUGAAUUAAAAUUAUUCCAAUCUACCUAAACGUCGUGCGAAACACAGACAAUAAUGUGCUUCGGCGAUCACGAACUGAGUGGCCAAAACGUAAACGUUUAUAUUAAUAAUAUUAUAUUAUGUUAUAUAUAUAAAAAAAGAGAAACAGCGGUGAACGAGAGAUGAUGGAGAUAAUAUCGGUCGGAGAUCCGUAGAGAAUUAAUUGCGUAUCGAGGCGCGUUAUCGGUGCUAAUACGCGGAUACGGAAGAAGGAAACGAAGCAGCGCAGAUGUAGAAAUUAUAAGGGAAAAAAAAUGAAUAAAUUUCGUUCGUGAUAAUUCCGCGUUUUGUAUCACGGGAUAUUUUGUACGCUCUGAAAAUAGGAGAGAAAGAGAGAAAAUUACUGAACGUACGAGACUUAUGACUGUGCCUUCGUCAAGUGUCGAAUAUCAACGGCACUGCUUUCGUUUCGGCAACGAGCGCCGUCCGCAGCCACGGUCAUCGUCGUCGGUAUUUUUAAAUAAGCCCGGAGAAUCGCGAUCGCUCGCGACUUCGUAAGUAAUGGGAGAAAAGAGAGGGAGAGAGAAAGGGAGAGGAAGUGCGAUGAAUGCGUUUCGUACGACGCAUAAAACGGAAAAAAAAAUAUAUAAAGAAAAGGAAAUUUAUUGCGCCAGUCAGUCGUGCAGUGAUACGGAAACAAUGAAAGAGAAUCGUAUGAAGAAUACCCCUUGAUUCGCAGAGAUCGUACUCUCUAGAUAGCUUAGAAGUUUUUUAAACAUUUUUCUACGCAACUACACGUCCACGGUAUUCCUCUUACGAUGCAACGUUAAAAAUUGGGAAACGAGAGAAAGAAAAUUGUAGUGACGUAUCACUGUGACAAUCUUAAACGACGACUAUAUGUCAUUAUUUACUAUGCGAUCGAGCGCGUUCUGGAUCUUUUAUUCGGCUGCUACUGCGUGUCCUAAUGAUCGGGUCACAUUAUUCAAGUUUGCUGACAUUCACGCGCACUCGAACACGAUCGAGAUUAAUAAGAUCGGCACAGACAGCCGAUCGUGCUUCCAGUACUUUUAAGCCGCGAAGAUCUUUCUGAGAUCCUUCCUCUCGAGAGAGGAAGACUUUUCGAUCAAGCCAUCUCUGUUUUUAACUUUUAAAAAAAAAAAAUUACUCCGUCAAUCGUAUACAGUGCCAACGAUCGUGCCUAGUGCGCGCGCGGGUGUGUGUAUGUGCGUGUGUGUGCGUGGUGCGUAUAAUAUGUUAAAGGAUGAGAGAAAGAGGAAGCCAGACGAAAGAUACACGCAUCUCAAAGCUCAAACAGCGGCUCGCGCGGAGGACCGACCCGAGAAUUUGCUUCUCCGGCGAGCUGGCGUCAUUAUAUAUAUAUAUAUAUAUAUAUAUAAAUAUAAAUAUAAAUAUAUAUACAUUUAUAUAUAAUUCUUUAUAUACACUGUACCCUCCUGAUGAUAAUACUUAAUAACAAUGUUCUAUACGUUUGUACGAAAGUAUAAUUAUCUAAGACGAGAUGAGAUAAUCGCCUUGCACAGGUUCUCUAGUCUCAAAGUGUCGCGCUAGAAAAGAGGAAGCAAUCACGAUCACGAUCUUCGGAAUCUUUCAGGGGAUUAUUUCCCACGAGUCAAUUAUUUAUCUUGACAGUAAUUAUACGCGACUCAUUCAAGAGCGACAGAUAUCGUGCAACGUCACGCUUUGAGACUCUGGAACUCCGCAGGCUCUCUUUAGUAUAAUAAAUAGAUCGAAUGCUAUAUAUCGCGUCGCACAAAAUAUACUGCGCAUACUGUCUGUAUUUAUAAUAAUCGGACGAAGACGCGUCGGAGUUUGGUCUUCCUGAUAUCGGCGGCCCGUUAGUUCUAGUACUCGUUUAUUGAUAAUUAAGCUCAUAUCUCUGCCCGAGGGAACAGCUUCUCGCGCAUAAUUAUCACGAAAGCGUUUUCUCUUUUUGUUUACGUAAAAGAUCUCUCUCGACUUGAAUGACCAACGAAUAAUCGCGGCGUAUUCAUAGAGCUUCCACGACAACACUCGCUCGUGAUAUACAAAGUAGCCAUAUUAUUAUUGUUACUGUUUCCAGAUAUGAACAAUACCAAUAUUUCAAGCAUAUCAACAAUAAAUGAUUGAUACAUGUA